UAUGUCUAUCCUUGUGUGGCAAUGUAGCGUGUGUGUGUGUGAGUGAGAGUGAGCGUCCUGGCUGGGCGUCCAGUGUGGCCCUGGUAAUGCUGAGACAGACGGUGAGCGGGUGGGUUUAUUUUUGGGUCAGUGACAGUGUGUCAAUGGCCGCAGAUGCGUCGGAAAGGAAGGCUCUGAGAUACAAGCAAACCCUGCUCUAUGGGGAGUACCAAGAGCAUCAGGGAGGCUCUGGCAGACGGGAGGCCACACGCCUGCUGACAGAGAGACAGAUCAAGAAACAUGGCAACCAUCCUCGCAGCCAUGGGAGGCCUCGACAUGGCCGCCGUGGCCAUGGUCAAAACGGAUUCCACAGUCGACACGGACAUCAGCACGGCUAUCACAGCAGACAAAGGAACAGGCGUCAGUUCAACAUGGAGACAGAGGCCGCUGAUGAGCAAAUGGAUGAACCCAACCUUACCUCUACAAACAAGAGACGCUCCUUUUCCAAGUGUAGAGACUGUAUAGCACGGGUCCAGCGAUUCCUUGUAACUAGGCUGGGAGAAGACUGGAUCUUUCUUGUUCUGCUGGGCAUCACAAUGGCACUGGUCAGCUGGACAAUGGACUAUGCCAGCGCAAAGAGCCUGCAAGCCUAUAAAUGGAUUCAUGGGGAGCUGAAGGGGAAUAUCCCCCUGCAGUACCUGGCCUGGGUUUCAUAUCCCCUGAUCUUCAUCCUCUUCUCCUCCCUCUUCUGUCACCUGGUCGCUCCACAAGCUAUCGGUUCUGGCAUCCCAGAGUUAAAGACCAUCCUGAGAGGUGUGGUGCUAAAAGAAUACUUAACUCUCAGGGCCUUUGUUGCUAAAGUCAUUGGCCUGACUGCUGCACUGGGCAGUGGGAUGCCUGUAGGCAAAGAGGGCCCGUUUGUCCACAUUGCCAGUAUCUGUGCUGCAGUUCUCAGCAGGUUCAUGUCCUUCUUUUCAGGAGUUUAUCAGAAUCCAUACUGUUAUACAGACAUCCUGACAGUGGGCUGUGCGGUUGGAGUGGGGUGCUGCUUUGGUACCCCACUUGGAGGUGUGCUCUUCAGUAUAGAGGUAACAUCAACAUACUUUGCUGUGAGAAACUACUGGAGAGGAUACUUUGCUGCUACUUUUAGUGCCUUCAUAUUUAGAGUGCUAUCCGUGUUCAACAAAGACGCAGUAACCAUCACUGCUCUGUUCAGGACAAACUUCCGCAUGGAUUUCCCUUUUGACCUGCAGGAGCUGCCAGCAUUUGCCAUCAUUGGGAUUUCCUGUGGGUUCCUGGGGGCAUUCUUUGUCUAUCUCAACAGACAGGUGGUGCUGUUUAUGAGGCGACCCAACGCCAUGACCCGCUUUCUGACCAAAUACCGGCUGAUCUUUCCUGCCGUGGUAACACUGGUCAUCGCCACCUUGACCUUCCCACCCGGGUUUGGACAGUUCAUGGCAGGAGAGCUGAUGCCCAGGGAGUGCAUCAACUCUCUGUUUGACAACUUUACGUGGACAAAGAUUUCGGGAUCUCCUUUUCCAGUCGGUCUGGGCCGCUCUGCCGCCUGGCUGCACCCUGAUGUCAGUGUCUUCCUCAUCCUGCUGCUCUUCUUCCUCAUGAAGUUCUGGAUGUCUGCAGUGGCCACCACCAUGCCCAUUCCCUCUGGGGCCUUUAUGCCUGUCUUCAUACUGGGAGCUGCAUUCGGCAGGCUGGUAGGAGAGAUCAUGGCCACCUUGUUUCCGCAUGGGAUUGUGUUUGAUGGCAUCCUUUACCGCAUCAUCCCUGGAGGGUACGCAGUCAUUGGAGCGGCAGCUUUGACCGGGGCUGUGACUCACACUGUAUCCACAGCGGUUAUCUGCUUUGAGCUGACAGGCCAGAUCUCCCACAUCCUCCCCAUGAUGGUGGCAGUUAUCCUGGCCAACAUGGUGGCCCAAGGCCUGCAGCCCUCCCUGUACGACUCCAUCAUACAGGUCAAGAAGCUGCCGUACCUGCCAGAGCUCGGCUUCGGACACAUGAGCCAGUACAACAUCUUUGUAGAAGACAUCAUGGUCACAAAGGUGAAGUUUAUAUCCUCUCAGUCCACAUACAGAGAAGUCAAACUCCUGCUGGACUCCUCCUCACUCAAAUCAAUCCCACUAGUCGACUCAAAAGAUUCUAUGAUCCUAUUGGGCAGUGUCGACAGGUUGGAGCUUCUGGCUCUCUGUGAUUGGUGGUUGUCGCCAGAGAGAAGACUCCUGAUGGAGGGUCAGAGCCUACAGGAGCAGAAUCAGUCUCAGAAACACAGCUGGGAGUCCUUUGCCUUCGUAGAUGAUGAGGAAGAGGAGGACGGAGAGAAGGGCAGCCCGGUGCAGGAGGAGAGGAACGGCCCCCUGCCUCCUCCAAAGCCUCAGGAGCCUUCAUUAAACCACACUGCUUCUGUUUCUGAAAAAGGUCCUCUACAGUCUGUGAGGAAAACACUCAGGAAUCUCUUCACCUCUAAGAGCAGACAGACAGAGGGACAGUCGCAGGAGCCCUGUCCUCCUCCCAUGUCAGACACAAUGACACCAGAGGAGAUCAAAGCGUGGGAAGAGGCAGAGAUGGACACACCGAUGGAAAUCGAUGAGAUACGAGUAGACCCUUCCCCUUUCCAGCUGGUUGAGAGAACAUCGUUACACAAGACUCACACUUUAUUCUCACUGCUGGGGCUAAGUCAUGCUUAUGUGACCAGUAUCGGCAAACUGGUAGGAGUAGUGGCGCUGAAAGAGCUCCAGAAGGCCAUCGAGGGCUCCACGCGCUCUGGUGUCCGGCUCCGUCCUCCGCUCGCCAGCUUCCGCGACAUCAGCAAACACAACUCUGUCCCUAAACCUCCACCUUCUUCUCCCACUGCUCCUUCCUCUCCGACCUCCACCUCCUCUCCCUCGACUCCAGCUGCUCCCGAGCCUCCUUCCCUCUCUCCCCCUCACCACCAUCAUCACCACCACCAUCAUCACCCUCAGCAUCAUUGCCAAGAGAAUGAAACGGAGGUGUGUAUCGAGGGCGUGAAGAGGGAGGUGGAGGAGUGCAGCAGCAGCAGUGUAGGAAGCGGCGGUGGCAGCAGCAGCACUGAGGCCGGCACCUCAACCAGCUACAACAGCAACCUCACUCUCCCUCCCUCCUCCACUCCUCCCCCAGUCCCUUCUUCCUCCACUCCUCCUCCUUCCUCCUCCAUCCCUCUCUCCACCCUAAGACCCCUUCAGGGACUCUUUGAGGGGGAUGAAGACAGUGAUGAUGAGCCAAUGGUUUAG